AUGCCCAUGAAUGACCCUCUAUCAUCACAUCGGUUACAGCAGUUGCAGCCUUCAACCUUCUCGAGUCAACAUUUCCCAGUCUACGGGCCAACAGCAACGGCAUUUCUCCCAAAUGAAUUGCCAGGAACCUCACAAUCUCCGGCAUAUGCACCAGCUGCACAUUCUCACUACUUCCCGAUAACAGAAGGCCCCAGACCCUCAUACACCACAACCGCGCCACCCAGUCUUCAACUCCCCAAAAUACAGCCAGCACCGUUGACCAAUGGCGAUCUGAAACAUUUUUCCAAGGAUGCCUUGCAAUCUCUCGCAGCUGCGCCGCCUCCGCCCGAAGAAGAAACAGCACCAAAACACGUUGUUGGGUCGCAAGGAAGAAGAGGGAUUUUGCCGAGUGCAACGGGCCGUCCACAAGCUACAACAAACCAGAACCUGAGCAAUGGGAAAAAUUCCCCUGCAUUGGCGAAAGACUCAGAAGGCAAAUUUCCUUGCCCGCACUGCAACAAGCCGUAUCUGCACGCGAAACAUCUCAAGCGACACAUGCUUAGGCCUUAUUCUCGCGCGAAUAAGAAAGCCAAACAGCAGGAACAUGAACAACAGGAACAGCAACAAGCAAACAUGGCGGUUAGCCCUUAUGCAAUGACUACCGAACAGAUGCCAAUGCCAGCAUAUUCGACUAGUCUGAAUAGCCCGAUCGGGCUUGCUGCCAUGGAUCUGGGCCCGGGCUUUGACAAUCGCCCAGAACCCUUGGCAAAUCAAGUCACGCGAUCAAAUGAAUUGAGGAAAGCGAACGUCAUUGGAUCUGUAUCAAAUCGUGGGAGUACAUCGUCGAUCAACACCUUUGAGAAUGCGGCAUUCUCGACUGGCCACGUAACGCCUGAUUCGGUUUCCACCAGUGGUGCUGCGACACCGUAUACGUAUCAACAUGAAAGAUCGAGCUUGAGCUCACCUGCCGAUGCCGGCUUUGACCAUCUAAAUUUAGGCAGACUGUCAGGCUCAGGAUAUCCGAACGGACAAUUACCUAGCAUUGUUGGACAAUCAGGUGGGCGAGGGAAUUCUUUCGACUGGUCCCAAUUCCCGGCUCCAUAUUCUCAUGACGAUUUCCAGCCAUAUCAGUCGGGCUCCAACACACCACAUCAUAACCACUUCAAGCAAGAGACCGACUUCGCCGGCUUUGAGUGGCCAACAAACUCAAAAUAA